UAUUUUAGUCGCCCUCAGAGAGGUAAGUGGCUGUCUUCGUCUUUCUGCAUCUUUAGAGAUAAUUAUUUUUCGUUCCUCCUUUUUCCAUAUUGUAAAUAGGUUCUGGGUCAAUUCUAUCUCAGCUUUUAAAAUUUGUGAAACUUUUAGUCUAUUAUUUAUGUGCUGUGAUUAGUGUUGCAAUUCUUUGAUUUGGGUUAUCAUUUAUGUGCAUGUAUGGAAGUUUUUUUUUGGAGUUCUAUAUGAAGAUUAAGGAAGUCUUACUUUGGUAAUUUGGGAAAUAACGGUUGAAGAGUGCUUAAGGUUCAGCAUUAUAAUUGGGCGGAUCAUCUUAGCUUCAUUGUUUCACUAUGCUUGAAGUUGCUCUCAUUUUAGGUUAACGGGAUAACAUUUAGAGCUGAGCCCAUUAUAUUUUUUAGCGGACUAAGUUCAAAAGUUAAGAUAUCUCUGAGGUAGGCAACACAAAGGUGUCUGGCUAGCAUUUGUUACAGAAGCAGUCGGGAUGUGUUAUAUUCAUACGUGUUGCUAUUAUAUAAUCCAUCUAAUAAUGGCGGACUCCGUAUUAUCUUUUGGCAUUAUCGUCAGAUUUAAGGAAGAUUUUGCAAUUCCUAUCAUUCCUUUCUCCAUUGUGGAAAGAAACUACAUUCUCUGUUUGUUACAGUUGGUUGACAUAAUUGUGGAAUUUUGACUUCAGCAAGAAAGGAAUUUGGGCGAAAAGAGAAUUUUAAUGUUUUUUCAUUGCUUAUUCUUGCAUGUUUUAGAAGCUUUGUCUUCACAUGAUGCUUUGGUGACUCAUAGAGUUCAUUCUUUUCCGCAUGGUAUAUUUGUUUUCAUUCUGGAAGGUUUUUCUUCUUUUUUGUUCUUUUAAUUUUUUUUCCUUAUAAAAAGGUACCUGUAUUCUUUUAAUUGUUCGUCGUCAUAUCUUACCUGAGGUUUUAUAAUUGGCUGGACAACCUAGAGCUAACUAACUUGUGAUUGUAAAUGGGUAUUCUUUCUCCCUUCUGGAGGCUAAUCGAGUACUAGGAUGACUCUGGCAUGUCUUGUAUGCCGUGGUGUAGAGAGUCCAUCACAAUCAUUCAGAAGUUACUCAGUUUCGAGUUCGGACAAUGAUGCAAGGUGUUCUGCAAUUGUCAACUGCUUGACCAAGAAUGCUCUUUCACUUCCAAGGCCUGGUAAUAGUGUUGCAUCAUCUAAAGUAAUGCCUCAACCGUCUGUCUCGAGUAAUUUAGUUACUGGCCCUCCUCGCUUAGUCCGAAGCCGUGCUGUUAGAAGGGACCUGGUUAGAGACUGGAACUUCGAUGAAGUAAUAAUAUUGGAGCGUUAAUGGACAUUGGGGUAUUGAAUUAGAGUUUGUGACUGGAUUAAACCAGAUGAUUGUGUUGUGUCCGAACUCUUGUUUGUAUGGCUUACCAAAGUAGUACGGGUUCCUUUUUGAACAUCAUUCUCUAGUUCUUGUAAAUGAACUUUAUGUUCCGUAUGCAUUUUGGUUCACUUGUUCGGUUUUACCGGUUCGCCGGGGGCUCUAACUAAUCUCUCUUGGUCACUGGUAGUGGUCUUCUUUUUGUGGUGCGGAAGAUGUGAAUCAUAGAUGUAAGAUAGAUACCUAAUGGUUUUUAUGGCCAUAGCUAACACAAUGGAUUGAGUUAAGUAACAAAUUUGUUAAAUUACAAGUGCAAACUGCGAAGAGCGCUUUUGGUGCUUCUAAAAGUAAUAUUGAUACACCAAA